CAUCAAGCGAGGGGAACUGACGUUGUGCUGUUAUGUUCUCCUCCAAGCUGUGGCCACAGGACUGGAUUUGUGGAGAGUAGAAAUUUCCAAGCUACUGUACCUUGCUGUUUUAUUAGCAAAGGUUGUUCUCUGUGAUCAGGACAUAGGAAAUGAUUGGGGAAGUCCCUGGUUACAGCAGGUGGGGGAGGCCCUACGUACAUAUAUAACUACCUCUAUUUUGUGUUUGUCUGCUGCAUAGAUAACUAUUUGGCUUGGACAUGUCUCGUGUCAGCUCCCUUUGUGUUCUGUGUAUCGUAUUGCUGGGACUCCAGUCCAUGAUCAGCGCCGCAGUAUUUGAUUGCUGCUAUACUUACACGAAGAAGCCUUUAUCAGUACGGGCAAUCAAAGGUUACAUUACCCAGAACUCCACAGAGGUGUGCGACAUUGAUGCUUUCAUACUAAUUACCAAAAAAUUCAGAGUAUGUGCAAAUCCUAAAGCCAAAUGGGUCAAAAGGAUCAUCAAAGCACUCAAGAAGAAGGCAAAGGCUGAAAAAUCAGCUAAGAAUAACACUGUCAUUCCUAAAAGUGAAGCUAUAUAAAUGUUUGUUUGUUUUUUUUUUUUUUUUGUACAGUGCUUUUGUUUACCAAAAUAAGCUAUAAUAUUCUGGUUUCUUCAGAAGCUGCAUAUUAUCCUUCUUUUUCUAUUCUGAUCAUAUUGCAUCGUUAUAGUGUUUGCUUGUUAGAGCACUUAUAUUUAUUGUUGGAUUUUGUUUUGUUUUUUUGCUUGCAAUAUACUGCAUAGUUAUAUGCUGAAUCUUCAUCUGGAAAAGAUGAAUAUACACCAUCAUGUACUGUAUAUACAUAUGCCAUCAUGUACUGUAUAUACAAUAAACAUACGCCAUCAUGUACUGUAUACAGUAUAAUAGUAAAUGGCCACUCCCCAAUUUUAGCAAACGUAAUAUGAAUCCUCAUUAACAAAUUCAAUAUAAUCUACAAAUCAUCUUUGACAGCCUGGUCUCCUGAUAAGACGGAGUGAGUGAAUGAAUAAAAUAUUUGGUUUAGAACA